AUGGUCUCUUCUCUUUUCCGCAGUGACUCCGUGUCUUCUAGGAUGCGAAAGAGGUUUUCACUCCCGGCAUAUACAAAUAAAUCUCUUUAUGUCGAUGAGCAAAAACCAGAAUUCCGAUAUGUCGACCUGGAGGCAACCUUACCGUCACCACAACCGCCCGUCGCUGUGAGACCACAGCUACGAACCAAAGACGAAGCCCAACUCCGCCAGGCUGUCACAAAUCUGUAUCAACAGGUUGACCAAAACGACGGUACUCAGACGGAGCAGGAUGAAGCGCGACCAGAACCAGAUACUACUGCCGCCGAACCUGGAGUGAAAAGGCCACGAUCCCGGCGAAGUAUUGCUUUGGAUACACUAUCAUCCCUAUCACGCCGGCUAUCCGUCGUAGUCGAGCCAACUGAGAACGAAAAGUCCGGUAUCGAUGGCGACUUUGCAUCAGGGCAAGAUGAUCCUUUCUUACAAUUCAACGGCUUGCUAUACAACUUCGAAUUCGGUUCGCCACUGAGCCGCGCCUCGCGCGUCUUCGAGGCUGGUACACCAGACGCAGAAACCUCAUAUGGUCGCUAUCGUCCUCGGAAUCCCGCGGCAAGGGCAAAGAAGUCUCGAUACUCCUGGGGUGGGUUUGAUCUUGCACAUCGAAAUGAUGGAUAUGCAGACGAUCGAGACGAUUUGAUCGCGAUUUUGGAGCAUGAUGAAUCGAACUUGAAUGACGCUGCUGUUGCUGCCCCGGUGGUGGCUGGCCCGUCGUCCCAGGUUCCAAGGAGACCAUCUCCAAGGACUUCGCACUAUCAGGAUAUGCGCCGCAGUGGUAUUGUGGUAGACGACACCCGCGCAGAUUCGAUUGCUGCCGGUGCUGCUGUCAAAAUAGACUCCAUGCAGAGGACUACCAAUACCACGAAUGUCAGCACCAAUGCCAAUGCCAACAAUGAUAGCUCCAGCUCGGAAAACAUACACGCGUUUAUUCCGCUAAGUAGAGUUGCAAACCAAUCUGAACCCCCAACAUCAGAGAAGAAGCGUGGCUUCAUCUCCAAAUCAUGGCGCAUAACUUCCCACGGCAUGUUCGCCGGCUCCUGUAUCGGCGUCAUCCUACUCGUCAUGUCCCUCGAAUUUUUCCGACGCCUCUCCAAAGAAUACGAUCGACACAUUCUGCAUCAAUUCAAACAGAAAAUCGCACUCGGAGGAGCAGCAAUACCAACACCACAAAAGUCAACCCCGAAGCAUGCCACGACAACAACAACAACUACCGACUCAGCAGAUGAUGCCAACAGCACAAAUCACCACUCAACAGACACAACAACAUCAAAAAUCCACUUCCGCCCAAGCCCAAUUCAACAAUCCAUCCGCGCCUUGCUACACAUGAUCACAUUCGCAAUCGCGUAUUUCGUCAUGUUGCUCGCCAUGUAUUACAACGGUUAUUUCAUCAUUUGCAUCUUUAUAGGCGCGUAUUUGGGAGCGUUUGUGUUUUCGUGGGAGAGUAUUGGAGUGGAGAUGGGGUCCAGUGUGACUGCGACGGCGGCGAUGGAGGAUGUUACGGUGUGUUGUGGAUGA